AUGGCAGAAGCAAACAUCGACGCUGCCACGUUCCACAAGCGGCUCUCCAUCAUCCAGAAAAAUCUCGUCCACGAUGCCGUCAACCAGAUCUUGAUCGUGGUGGGUGUGGACGACAACACCUACAAGAAGUCCACCGUCAUCCAGACGUGGUUGUUAGGCUACGAGUUCCAGCACACGGCCAUCUACAUCACCCAAGACAAGUGUGUGUUUCUCACGUCGGAAGGAAAGGCCAAAUACUUGAAGCAAUUGCCCAACAAACCCACCGCCAACUCCAGCGAGGUGGAAAUCUGGACCAGAACCAAGGAUGCCGACAAAAACAAGAAGUUGUUCGAACAGUUGAUUGCACAGUUGAAGUGUGUAAGCGACGGAGUCUACGGAAGCGUUGUCAAGGAUCAGUACGAGGGCAAGUUCGUCAAGGAGUGGCAGGAAGCGUCCAAGGACCAGGGAUUGAAACAGGAGGACAUCACCCUCUUGGUGUCCAAGUGCAUGGAGUUGAAGGACUCGGAAGAGUUUGCCAACACCAGCAUUGCUGCUCGUUCGUCUACAGCCAUGAUGGAGACGUUGGUGGACGAUAUGUCGCUCAUCGUGGACCAGGAAAAGAAGAUCUCCAACAGCGAGUUUGCCAACAAGAUCGAGGACAAGGUCGAGGACGACUCGCUGCGCUACAAGUGGUUUGGCAAGAGCGACGCUGGCAAGAAGCUCGCGCAGUCCAAGGACUUCGACGCAGACUUACUUGAAUGGUGCUACUCUCCAAUUGUGCAGAGUGGUGGUGAGUACGACUUAAAGGCCAGUGCCGAGUCGUCAGACUCUCAAUUGGUCGGAGAUGGAGUCAUCUUGGCGUCGUUGGGGUUGAGAUUCAAGUCGUACUGCUCCAACGUGGGCAGAACGUUCUUGAUCGACCCUUCAGCUGAAGUGGAAGCCAACUACGACUUCUUGCUCAAGUUGCAGAGCCACAUUACCACCACCUUGAUCAAGGACGGUGUCCCUGCCAACAAGGUGUACCAGGGAGCCAUCGACUACAUCAAGGCUGAAAGACCAGAAUUAGUGAACCAUUUCACCAAGAACUGUGGUUGGUUGUUGGGUAUCGAAUUCAGGGACUCCACGUUCAUUUUGAACGCCAAAAACGAAAGAAAAUUGCAGAACGGCCACAUCAUCUCGUUGACAAUCGGCUUCAGCAACUUGGUCAACUCCAAGGCCAGAAACCCCAAGUUGAAGCAGUACGCUUUGCUCUUAACAGACACCUUCAAGGUCAGCGAGUCCGAGCCCAUCUUGUUGACGAACUACACAAAGAACAGAGCCGAAAUCUCGUUCUACUUCAACGAGGAGCCAGUCAAGGCAGAAAACAGCUCGGCCAACGAAAACAAGCCCAAGCCAAAGAACGUCAAGAACGAGAGGCAGUUGACUGUCAACGAGGCCAACUCCAAGAUCUUGAAGCAGAAAUUCAGACACGAGGCGGGCGAAAACGACGACAAUCCAGAAAAGGCUCGUCAGGAACAACAGCUGAGAUUGCACGAAAAGAGACUCCAGGAAGGCUUGGCCAGGUUUUCCAAGGCUGAUGCCACGGACUCGUCCGACCUCAAGCCAGUGUUCAAGAAGUACGAGUCGUACGUGCGUGAGUCGCAGAUCCCCAGUGGGGUCAAGGACUUGAAGAUCCACAUUGACUACAAGAACCAGACCAUCAUCUUGCCCAUUUGCGGAAGACCCGUGCCUUUCCACAUCAACUCGUUCAAGAGUGGCUCGCAGAACGAGGAGGGUGAAUUUACCUACCUCAGAUUGAACUUCAACUCGCCUGGUGCCGGUGGAAACACCUCCAGAAGAACUGAAUUGCCCUACGAAGACGCCCCCGACAACUCGUUCGUUAGAUCCAUCACCCUUCGGUCCAGGGACCGUGAAAGAAUGGUUCAGGUGUUCAAGUCGAUCCAAGAGUUGAAGAAGGACUCGGUCAAGCGUGAGCAGGAAAAGAAGCAGAUGGCAGACGUGGUCAGCCAGGCCAACUUGAUCGAGUUGAAGGGGUCCCGAGUCAAGAAGUUGGAACUGGUUUUCAUCCGACCCACUCCCGACACCAAGAAGUUGGGGGGAGUGUUGCAGAUCCACGAGAACGGGUUGCGGUACCAGUCGUCAUUCAAGAACGACCAGCGUGUGGACGUGUUGUUCUCCAACAUCAAGCACUUGUUUUUCCAGCCCUGUAAGGAUGAAUUGAUUGUGAUCAUCCACUGCCACUUGAAGAGUCCGAUCAUGAUUGGGAAAAAGAAGACCCACGACGUCCAGUUCUACCGUGAAGCGAGCGACAUGGCCUUUGACGAGACGGGAGGCCGCAAGAGAAAGUACCGUUACGGAGACGAGGACGAGUUGCAGCAGGAACAGGAGGAAAGACGCAGAAAAGUGUUGUUGGACAAGGAAUUCAAGGCCUUUGCCGAGCUCAUUGCCGACUCUUCCAACGGCUUGGUGGACGUGGAUGUGCCGUUCCGGGACUUGGGUUUCCUGGGUGUUCCAUUCAGGUCGUCUGUGUUGUGUAUGCCUACUCGUGACUGUUUGAUCCAGUUGAUUGAUCCACCAUACCUCGUGGUGACUCUCGAGGAAAUCGAGCUUGCUCACUUGGAAAGAGUGCAGUUUGGCUUGAAGAACUUCGACUUGGUGUUCGUAUUCAAGGACUUUUCCAGGCCUCCUGUGCACAUCAACACCAUUCCCAUGGAGCUCUUGGAAGACGUCAAGUCAUGGUUGACCAACGUCGAUAUUCCCUACAGUGAGGGCCAGAUGAACUUGAACUGGGGUGCCAUCAUCAAGACCGUUCUUCAGGACCCUUACCAGUUCUUUGCUGAUGGUGGAUGGAAGAUUUUGACUGGAGAAGGCGACUCCGACGACGAGGAGGAGGAGUCUGAAGAGUCCGAGUUCGAAGUCACAGAUGAUGAUCCCUCCGACGAAGACGUCGACAGUGCAGGCAGUGAGGAUGACUACUCACUGGGUGGUGGUUCUGACAGUGGCAGUGGUAGUGGCAGUGACGAGAGUGAGGAAGAGGGAGAGGACUGGGAUGAGAUGGAGAAGAAGGCUGCUCGUGAAGAUAAACGUUUUGGCAGAGAGUAG